AUGAUGACUACAUUUUUCUCCAAUGUGCCAGUCUUCAAAGAUAUAGAAAAUUUAGAUGUACCAACAUUUUUAAAUAUAUCAACUAUGAUCUGUGAAUUUUUUGGUUUAUGGGAUUCAAGAUUUGCUAUCUUACGCAAUGAUGUAGAAGGGAAUAUAAAAAAAGUGUCACGUGCUGCAAACAAUCUUCAUGUAAACACUGUGUAUGAAUUAUUAACCAAUGAAAUAAAUCGUGAUGAUUCCUCUGGAUCAAUUGGUUUAUUAUGGUUAAAGAGAACACUUCAAUUUGUCAUUUGUUUACUGCAUCAUUUUUCAAGAUCAAAAAGUAAUGAACUAAUGCGUGAUAUCAUUGUACGAGCUUAUGAUGAAACAUUGAAAAAUUAUCAUAAUCGAUUAAUGAGUCAUGUAUUUCGUUUUGUUUUACGUGCUGUUCCUAAACGUUCAGUAUUUAUCAAGAAACUAGGAAUGGAUCAAGAUGAUUGUGAAUUACUUGUACUCAGAGAGGCAGGAGAAUUUGCAGCACAAAUAGAACCACACAUUCAGUCGUUAAAUCAAAUGUUAAUUCUAUUUAAUAUAGAAAGUCCUGUAAAUAGUUAACAAGUCGUGGUUGGUCGUUUUUCCUCUUUUUCUUUUUGUUUCUUUGAGUGAAUUAUUUUGUUUGUUUUAGUAAAACAUUAUUUGAUAAUUAAUUUUAAUUUUUUUUGUAUUUUCCAUAUUCAAAAAACCCCUUAUUUCUAUCAGGUCCUUAUUUUUAUCAUUCAUCGAGUAAAUGAUAUCUGUGUGCUAUAUAU